GCGGCGCGGAGCGGAGCGGGGGUGGCGGCGGUGCGGGAGGCGGCGGGGCCGCGGCCGGAGCGCGGCGCAGGAAUGGAGGGGAAAAAACUUAUUUCUGCAACAGACACACAGUAUUCUAGCGUGCUCCUUCAGUCUUUGAAUGAACAACGYGGCCAUGGACUUUUUUGUGAUGUUACAGUCAUCGUAGAGGACCGUAAAUUUCGAGCUCACAGAAACAUCCUUUCAGCCUCAAGCACGUAUUUUCACCAACUUUUCUCAGUGGCUGGUCAAGUGGUUGAACUGAGCUUUGUAAGAGCAGAAAUUUUUGCAGAAAUCCUUAAUUAUAUUUAUAGUUCCAAAAUAAUCAGCAUUCGAUCUGAUUUACUCGAUGAACUGAUUAAAUCAGGGCAGCAGCUGGGUGUUAAAUUCAUAGCUGAUCUGGGCAUACUUCCCGCCGAAGGCAAAAAUGGGCCAAGUGAGGUUAAAGAUGGUGCUUCAGAAACUUCAUCUUCUGGUCCAAAUCAAAGGGAUGCUGAAACACAGGUAACUGUAAUCAGGCCAGAGAGUCAAGAGGCAACAGAUGGGAUGCCAGUUAUAACACAGUCUUUCUCCUUACAUGGCAUAGAAUAUGAGACUACAAAAAUUACAGUGAGCGAUUCGGAUGAUGAGGAUGAUGAUGUCAUUUUUUGUUCUGAAAUUGUUCCUCCAAAAGAAUGUACUAAAGACAAAAAUGCUGCAAGCCAGAACCAGCCUUGCCCAAGUCCAGCUGGAGCUUCUGACCAAAAAUCUUGUGGCAGUGGUGGUUCUCCCCAUCUGACGAACACCAUAGCAGCUCAAAACCUCACKUUGUCUGCCAGUCAGCUAAGCCCAAACCAAACACAAUCAGGUGCUGAAUCACUCGUCUCGGCAACACCRCAGCAUUUUACUCCAAAUAUCAUUGUGCUAAACAAGCCUCUGCUUAAUGCGUCACUUGGUGCCAGCUCCUUGCAUCAAACGCAUGUGACUCCUACAAUUAAUUUGGUUGAGGAGAACCACCAGCCAUCCAAUAAUGGCUCUGUAACUGAAGUGGAAGCAACUGCUGUUGAUGAUGAAGUUGAAGAUGAAGUUGAUGUCAUUAGCUCCUGUAGUCCUGGUUCAGUCAGCAGCAGCUCUUUGGUUCAACAACCUUCAGCUCCUAAGGCAGCGAGYACUGAAGGAUCAGGUGUACAGAAAAAACAGGUUGUUACAUUUUCACAAGAGCCAUCUGCUAAACMUGGAGAAUUUAAAAUAAAAAUCUCAGAUGUCCUUUCUGGAAACAACAAGGAAUUAAGUUCGGGUAUAGCAUCAAAGAACGUGGCAGAUGGGCAGAAAAUUAUAACAUUAGAUACAGCAACUGAAAUAGGAGGCUUAUCCACAGGCUGUAAGGUUUAUGCAAAUAUUGGGGAGGAUACCUAYGACAUAGUCAUCCCUGUGAAGGGUGAUUCCGAGGAGGGGGAAGCCAAGCCUGGUGACACACCCAAAACGUCUGGUGAUGAAUCCCCAAAAGGGAAGCGCAUGAAAGUAAAGCACGACGACCACUACGAGCUCAUAGUGGAUGGCAGAGUCUACUACAUUUGCAUCGUGUGCAAGAGGUCGUACGCGUGUCUGACGAGCCUGCGGAGACAUUUCAACGUCCACUCCUGGGAGAAGAAGUACCCGUGUCACUACUGUGACAAAGUCUUUGCUCUGGCAGAAUAUCGCACCAAGCACGAACUUCACCACACCGGGGAGCGAAGGUACCAGUGCUUGACCUGUGGCAAAUCUUUCAUCAACUACCAAAUUACAGCCUCUCACAUAAGGUCAGUUCACAGCCAAGACCCUUCUGGAGACACCAAGCUGUACCGGCUGCACCCCUGCAGGUCCCUGCAGAUCAGACAGUACGCCUACAUUAGUGACCGCCCCAGCAGCGUCCCCGUGCUCAACGAGGGGGGAAUUGUCUAUCGUGUUGGCUCAGGGAAAGAUGGCACUGAAGGAGCAACAUCCAACUCUCCAGCCAAACACAUCACCUGGGAUGACAUUUUYGUUCCGCAGGGAAAUGAAACGAUUUUUAAACAAAAUCCCUCAGARGGAAGUACUGAAUUUGAGUUUGUGAUACCAGAAUCUUACUGAAUUGUUUUAAAUGCUGGGAAAAGGAUUCAGUGCAGGAGCAUUGCAGCUGUUUUAACUGGACUGUUGAUAUUGCUGUAAAAUCAAAGGUUAAAGUCAAAACAAGUUAACUGUUCUACCRAGUCACAAAAUGGUAGCACUUAGAUGGACUGUAUUAACUGCAGCGAUUUGUGGAAGCAAUUCAUCAGAAAAUUUACUUGAAUAGAGAGUAAGACAUUUUUAAGGCAUUGGCAGUAUUCUGUUUUCGGGUAUGUUAACAUAUUUUCUGGUUUGUUAAAUUUGAUCAAAACACGAGGAUUUGUAGCUUGAAAAUACACAAUUUCUUCUAAAGAGCUGGAAAUACUUCUAAAAUAAUUGAAGUAUUUCCUGUACCCAUACUUACCAUGUAAACGCUUUCUUUCACGUUAGCACUUUAAUGCUGAAUUCUGUUUAGAUAUUAACCAGCAAAACAGUAAGACUUUUUCAUCAUAGUCUCUUGGUCAUGGAACCAUUUAAAAAAAAUAAUCCCACAACUUGCAUUUGUGAACAAGGGGCCAAAAUACAUGAUCCCCUACUACACUGGAAUAGUCUAUUUUUUGUCUAGCAUCUUAAUUCUGCUUUUAUAAACAUUAUGAAUUAUCUGUCUUCAUGCAAAAAGUCUUGUCAACAAGAGAUACUUAAUUAGGGCUAACUUAAACAAACUUUAYUUACACUUGGCAAUAUGGUGAGCAAGUACUCAAUGUUCUGGACCAUUAUAUUUUACUCUUUUUGCAAUGGGGAAAAAAAAAACAAAACCCACAAAGCUCAAUAGUGAAGAAACUUAAAACAUUUAGGAAGGAGAUAAUUUUACCUUCUUUUUUUUUUACUGCUGGAAGAAAUGYCAGUAGUUAGUUUGAUAAAAAGCAAGGUUCUUUUUUUUCCCUUUUCAAGAAGAAGGGCUUCAGUCUGGAAUUUAAAUAAUUCUGAUUUUAUGAUAUCAAAUUGUGAUCAAAAUAUUAUUUGUUUUUAACUGAAGGCUUCUCAAAAUUUUGAAGUCAUGUAAAUGCUGUAUUGGUUUAGCAUUGAGACUGCUGAGGGUCUUGUAUGCCUGUUUGGCUAGAUCUUCAAGUGAAAAAGGAAUUUAGAUAUCCCCCAUUUAUACAUUGURGAAGAUGAGGACUAAACCAAAUAUCAAAAAAUACCCUUUAUUCACCACGACCCUGAGUAUAACCUCUCUGCAGUUGUCUAGUUGUCAUCUGUUUCCAGGUUUGGGUUUAUUAUGUUGCCCUUUUAUUCUCCUUGCAAYUGGUGCCUGUUUAAGCACUUAGAAGUUGAAUUAGAUGUCCAGCUUGGUCGGRAAAUGGUAGAUCUGAGAAAAAACAAACAGCUGUUUAUUGGAGUCAUAGUUUAGCAUUUCAGAGUUAGUGACUUGUUGAAUUUUUGUAAAUGGUAAUAUGAAAACUCCUCAAGUUCUAGAGGUGACUGAGAAAGGCUGUUGUGGAUAGUACUAGUUAAUGAAACCUUUAAUUGUGCAAAUUGCAGUUACAGGUUUCUCUUUUUCCUGUUUUAAGUAAACAUCUUGAGUCUAUGACUUUCAAAGUUAAAGGUUUUAGACAUGURGUACUCUAGGCAGAAAGGCACUUAAAUGGUAAAUGGUUCAAAUAUAACUCRAGCUACUAAGAAGGAUACCAGAAAUCCAUGUGAGCAACGAUGGGAGGAGGAUUUGUUUACCUGGUGCAUGCAAUGCUCAGCACUUCUCUUUUGUCAGCCAAGAACAUGGUAUACCUGAUUAUUUCCAGAUCAUAUUGCAGACCCCUUUGAAUACACUGGGACAUGCUUUAAAUGUGGGAUGUAACUGAGGUGGCAUUUCUGCAGUCAAACAUUCUCCYCAUGUGAAAUGAGUGUGGAUUGCCUGUGUCGGUGCAGGAGGCAGCUGGYUGGUGCUAUGGUUCGACUCGCUGAACUUUGUGAUGAGACAAAUAMAAUGUUAUUUUUGUUAUUGGCAUGAUACAUGUUCAAUCACAAAACAUUCUGAGUUGGAAGGGAYCCACAAGGACCAUCAGGUCCAAUUCUUGGCUGAAUUAAGGCCCGUAAGGGGAUCUGGAAUUAAGCAUACAUUACAGAGUGUGCAAAAUUAAACGUAAUGGCUAUCACUACUUGCUGCUGAUAUAUUUAAAACCUUAAAUUAAACUGUGCCUAGUAAAGGUCUCUUUUUGGAGGAAAACUGGAAAAUUAGGGCUUUGUAACUAUUUUUGCUAGAAGACUCGUGCUUGCAUGUGUCUCAGGGUCUUCAGUUUUCCUUGGAAGUGAUUUUUAAUAUCCAAAGUCCAGAGAUCAUGUAAAGCAUUUUUGAAUUUCACUUCCGGUAUUUAUUGGUUUGAACACAUGUUAAAUUCAUUCUUUUGAAACUUUUUAUGGGGCCAUGAGUGAUCUUUUAUAUUUAGAUUUCUGGCUAUUGCACUUAUAUUUGUGUUUUUGUUUGUUUUUGUAAGCAUUUAACUUCCAGUUUAACUUAAAUGAAAAAGCUUAUGUAAAUAUUAAGAAAUUGGCUUUGGGGUAAUGGAAGAAAAAGGUUGAAUCUGACAAAGCAUUUAUACGGGAAUUAAAAAUUUCAACAGACUAAGGUAGCAAACCUCACAGUCAUUUAUUAUGCAUAUAAAACUAUUAACAGAUCUGCUGCAGAAUAUGGUAAUGGUGGCUGCAUCCUCACUGUUUGGUUUCUUUGGGGAUUCCUACCAUAACAUUCCACUAUGUGAACUAAAAAAUACUGAAAUAACAUCYGCUGCUUAUUUAUUUUGUUCUGUUAAGGCAUGCAGCUUGUAAAAGGAUGCAGAAGCUGRCAACUAUAUACAUUGAAUUCUGAGUUCUACAGCUAUUGCCUAGGCAAUGUUCCGUGUGAAACAUUUCCUUGGUUUUCUGUGAUGUAUAUAGUUGUACAGUCUUUCCUUAACAUACUUUUUAAAGUUGUGUUCUACUUUUCAUUAAUCAAUACUUGAUAUUAGUUCUUAGAGCUUUCUAUGGCAAAAAUAAAAAAACUUUAAUUCUAAAUAUGGGUGUAGUAUGUUUCUUUGUAAUGGCAACUUAGUUUCGACAGUCUAACAUGUUUGUAGCUUCCUUUUCCAGGUCUUUGGGAACAGCUGGGAACCCACUGUGGSGGGAAACAGGGAAAGGUGUUUUUAUUUGGGCCUUAGUUUUGUUUGUUUUGAUGCUAUUUAGUUGUUUUUAUUGAACACUUUCCAAGAAAGCAAAUUAGCUCAACAACUCCAGUGUGUUGUGAGCCGAAUGCUGCGAUAGAUGGGAGAGACGGGAACUCUCAGGACAGGCAGAGCUCCUGUGGAACAGUCUGACCAACUGCUGGCAUUGCAAAUGAGCUUAAAGUYGAGAAAAACAUUCUUAGUGACCCGUAAAAUGUCCAUAGAGACCAGUAAAACAUACAUAGUGACCAGUGCAGUGCUUUCAGCUCACYCAUAGUUUGGGUUCCUCUUCUUACCAGUGAUUCAUAGCAGUUCCACUGUUGGUGACCUGUGGCCAGCAUGAGAUGAUUGGUUCCUUUGUGUAGACUUCUUAUUACACAUAAAGAAUGUCAUUCAAUAAAUAACAUAACAAAUUAUGUUUUAGAUGCCCUUAUCUCCUUGGCAUAGAGCUUCAUCCUCACUCUGCUGACAUCAAGGAGCAGCUGAYAUCAUCAGGACAGAAUUGGGCCCAAAGUAAGCAAAGGAGACACCAAGACUUCA